GACCAUCCAUAAAAGUCCAGCCUAGCCCAGCCCAGUUUCGCGGGGCGUAUUUUACCUUAAUUCUACAUUUAAUUUUUAAAGAAGCAAAAUGGCGGAUACGCGCAAGACUGUGUUGAUUACGGGGUGUGCGCCGGGGGGGAUUGGACAUGCUCUCGCGUUGGACUUUCAUAAUGCUGGCCUCCGCGUCUUCGCCACGGCGCGGAAUAAGGCAGCGUUAAAGGAUUUGGAGGAACUGGGGAUUGAGACGCUUUCGUUUGAUGUCACGUCCCAGGCGGAUCGGGUGAGGGUGAGGGAGGAGCUGGAGAGGGUUGCGGGUGGGAGGUUGGAUGUGCUGGUUAAUAAUGCGGGAAAGAACUGCACAGUCCCCGCUAUCGAGGUGUCUGAUGAAGAUAUCCAGUCUACCUUUGAGACCAAUAUUUUCUCCGUCAUAGCCAUCAUUCGAGAGCUCUCCCCCCUAAUAAUCGCUGCAAAGGGUAAAAUCGUCAAUAUCGGCUCCAUCACCGCCGUGACGCCCUACGUCUUCGGCGCCGUCUACAACGCCACCAAGGGCGCUCUGCAAGCUUACUCCAACACUCUCCGCCUUGAACUCGCGCCGUUUGGGGUACGCGUGAUUCUGGUGGUGACGGGGGGAGUACAGAGUAGGAUCGCGAGGACGGAUAGGACGUUGGGGGAGGACAGUCUGUAUUUGCCUAUUAAUACGGAGUAUUUGAGGAGGGUUAAGCAUUCGCAGGAGGGCGCAAUGCCCACCAAAGCCUACUCCGCCAGCGUCGCACACGAGGUCUUAAAGACCAACCCCCCGAACUGGGUGUGGCAGGGCAAUCGCUCGUGGCUCAUCUGGUUUUUGGGAUUAUAUCUUCCCUUCGAUGUUUGGGUUGGCGAGGUUGAGGCAGAUUGUUGCGAAGCGGGAGAGUGUUUGAUUGAGAGGGACUGGUAGGGGGUUGGAUGAUGUCAAUGGGUAUUGGGGCCUUUUGUUGGUGGUAAUACGUUUAGCAUCGCGCGGACGUGGUGGGGUUGCAAGUAAACAGACAGAUUGGUUGGUAUGGAGGUUUAUAGUUUACAGCACUAUAAAAGGAGAAGCAUUGGCUCUCAUAUCCUCCCCGUCAGUCAAGCACCACCAUAUAAUCCGUACCCUCCCCACAACACCCACAUACGAC